CGCGAUUCAUAAGUCGCGGUAUGGCAGUACCAUUGUAAAACUCCCUCACUGCUAGAUUGGACCAUGUAUGCGAGCAGCUAGCAGAAUGGCAUUGGAGCAAGACUUAUGGCAACUCAGGUGGAGGCAGGAUGUGCACCGCAAACCACCCUCAAGACCAUCGCAAUGCGGAAAGCACAUUGCCUUUGAGAUUAACAACUCAUUGCAAUGCAGACUAUGCAUUUAUACCACUCUUGUUCCCGAGCGUAUCACGUUGUUCGCGCCAGGCCGCGCGCAACAGCGUGGUUUGUGCAUGCCGCCCUCAAGGAAACUUUGUAUGAGACUUCGGGAUGCCGGUGUUCUUGCACCAUUGGGACCAGCCGAGCAACCAACACGCAUUCUUAGCGCGCAGUCAGCUUCAAAUGAGUGUUACUCGCUCAACAGCAACACGGUCCAAGUUUACAUGCAACUUACUCGUCCAAGAGUACCACACUUCGAGCCAAAGUGGUUCUAUUCCUCUCUGCAACGUCGCAUCGUCAAUGGCUCGGAGAAAGACGAUGCCGAGCUCGUAAAGGACGUUCGUUCAUGAUCAGUCAUCAUCUUUGUGAAGGUCCAUGGCAAUGGCAAUGGCAAUGCAAACUUCUGCUACCGUUGGUACCUCGUUCUUGCUACGUUGGAGGCACUUGGUGAAGAAAGAGCUGCUCGCUCGCUUGCAUCUCAGCUUAGUUACCCGCAAAAGUCCCGCCGCAAAACGAGCCUUUUGCAACC